AGAGAAACCUUUCUCCAAGUGGGAGAUUCAUCUCAAGUGUUGCAAAUAAUGGAAAUUGAGCUAAGCCUCUUGUAUGAGGUUCUUCACACCAAGUUGCCUGUGGUUGGUUGCAUGAUGGGAUACAUUUUCAGGUUCAUUAAUAUGUGUUGCAUCUUGGUAGCGUUGUUGUCUUUCUCGUUAUUUAAGAAGUAUUAUCUACUGAAGCAGUUAGACAUGUGGCUAACCUAUGGUUUGCUAAUCUGGGCCUUUGUGUUGGAUAUCAUAUCUAUUGUAUUACUCAUCUCCUCCGACUGGAUUUUGGCUGCUCACAUCCAGAAUACGAAGUCGAGAUUCUUCAAGAAGCGCAGGUGGUCUAGAGCAGUUUCCCAGGGUUUGUUGGAAGACAUAAAAGGACUCCGAUGUCUAUCUUCCAAAGAUUUCAAAGAAGACGACACAGAAUGGCGCUUCAUUUUUGAGGAAGUGAAAGAAUUAAAUGAGUUUUUGAAUAGUAAAAUGACAGCCCCGUCUCAGACUGUGCUAGACACUAAGCAAGUUUGGUUAUACAGUCGUGAACGAGUUCUUCAAGGCUUUACCAAUUCUAAUGAGCUCAUUAAGAUUGUGGAGGAGUUAGAUUACACGAAAAGUCCAGCUAUUAUGUCAGCUGUUUCUGUAAGUUGGAAAAAGGUGUUCGAAGAAACAUUGGCAGAGACCGCGUUAUAUGUAAGAAGGAGUUCAAUCUCAAACGAUGAGGAUGCUCGCAAAAAAAUCCUUCAACUGAUCCCAAAUUUCAGAAAUCCAGAAAGGGAUAUCAAUAGAUCGGUGUUAUUUGCUGCAUCUGAGCUUGCCAAACAACUGAAAAAGUCUAACAGUACUCCUUGGGAGCAAAUGAGCAAAGUUUGGGUACAUUUAAUGUGUUUUGCUGCCAUGAAUUGCAGGCCACACGUCCAUGCACAGCAACCUAGUAAGGGUGGUGAACUUCUCACAUUCGUUUGGUUGCUCAUGAGUCAUUUGGGACUUGGGACUCACUUUUCAAGCCAUUACUGAUGCUACAUAGUGAAUUUGAUGAGAACUGCUUUCAGGGCAGUUUUAUCUUUCUUUGUAUGGCUACUUGUUGCUGAUGAUGGACUUAUGUAAUCAGUGUAUAUUGUACCUAAUGUUGAAAUUCAACAAAAUUUUAGUUGUUUU